CAGCUUUAUACUACUACAGGACACUACAUGCAAUGGAAUCAAAGAUGAACGAACUAAACUAGACUCCAACAACGAAUGAGUCUAGAAGUUAAUAUAAUUGAUAUAGAGAGAGUUGGUUUCAUUGUUAUCUUGUUUUCAAGUGGGGAUCAAUCCAAAAGAUGAACACUAGAGUCCGCACUGCUCUUCAGGCUAUGAAAGCUCCUUUAAACCAUGAUACUAAUAAAAAGGAGAAGAUGGAGGCUCAAGGGAGGAGCAGAGCAGUUGGAGGCCCUAAAUCUGCUAUUAAGUGGCGUAAAGCAAACAGAGAAAGGAAAUUGGCCUUGCUACAAGAUGUUGAUAAGUUGAAAAAGAAACUUAGACAUGAGGAGAAUGUUCAUAGAGCUUUGGAGAGAGCUUUUACUAGGCCUUUGGGAGCUCUGCCUCGCUUACCUCCUUAUCUGCCUCCUUAUAUCUUAGAGCUACUUGCUGAAGUGGCUGUUCUCGAAGAGGAAGUUGUUCGGCUUGAAGAGCAAGUUGUGAAUUUUAGACAAGGACUCUAUCAAGAAGCUGUCUACGUCUCCUCCAAGAAGAAUGUGGAGAAUUCAAAGGAUGCAAUUGAUCAACAACCAUCAACUACAAGAUCGAAACACGCGAGAUCAAAAUCACUCUCUCUUAAUGAGACCAAUCCAGCAAAUUUUGCAGCAAGGCCUCAACCUUCUCUUGCUAGGUGCACUUCGAGUAAAAGGCUGUUUUCCACUGACCCCAUUAUUGAGCGAUCAGGGCAGUGUUCUAAUAGGCCAGCAAAUAGAGGAAAAUAUGCUUCUGGUAAACCCAAUUCUUCUUCAUCUCUUGUGGAUGAUGGACGGGGAAAGGAGAAUCGAUCAUGUAUUAAUUAUGUAAAGGAUAAGCAAUCUCCAGAUAAGAUGGCAAAAAUCACAACUCCCGUGAAGAGAACUCCAAACAAGCGUGAAUCAGAGGAGAAGAGUUUGGAGCCUUCUAAGUUGCAGCUAGAAUGCAGGUUAGUAGAGCAGGAAAGAGCACAGGAAAGCACUUCUGCUUACAUGAAUGAUAGAAUAUGCGAAAAUAACAUCACACCAAACAAGUUAACCGAGGAUAUUGUGAAGUGCUUGUCCAGCAUUUUCUUGAGGAUGAGCACGUUGAAGGACAAAGUAGUUGAAUUAGGAACUUUCUCAUCACGAGCGACUUUGACAUCCCCUGAAGGUGACAGAGGAAAUGAAAUUCGAGAUCCUUAUGGCAUGUCUGCAGAGUUCAAGAUUAGAGAUAUUGGUUCUUAUAAGCAUCUUUAUGCAAUUGAAGCUAGCUCGAUUGAUCUCAACCGUACGACAAGUGCCUUGUUUUUGCUCCAGAGACUGAAGUUUCUACUAGGGAAGCUUGCCUCUGCAAAUUUAGAGGGUCUUACCCAUCAGCAGAAGCUUGCUUUCUGGAUAAACACUUAUAAUUCAUGCAUGAUGAAUGCAAUUUUGGAGCAUGGGAUACCCGAGACUCCUGAAAUGGUUGUUGCUCUAAUGCAAAAGGCAACAAUAACUGUUGGCGGACACUUGCUAAAUGCAAUUACAAUUGAGCAUUUCAUCUUGAGGCUUCCUUAUCACUUAAAAUUUACCUGUCCAAAAGCAGUAGAAAAUAACGAGAUGAAGGCACGCAGCUUUUUCGGAUUCGAGUGGUCUGAGCCUUUGGUUACUUUUGCACUCUGUUGUGGAAGCUGGUCGUCCCCUGCUGUAAGAGUUUACACAGCCUCUCGAGUUGAAGAAGAGCUAGAAGUAGCAAAGCGAGACUAUUUACAAGCGACAGUUGGGAUUUCAAGAACGAACAAGUUAAUAAUUCCAAAGCUGUUGGACUGGUAUCUACUAGAUUUUUCCAAAGACAUGGAAUCUUUACUUGAUUGGAUAUGCCUGCAGCUACCGAAUGAACUCAGGAAUGAAGCAGUUAAAUGCCUCGAGAGAAGGGGAAGAGAUCCCCUUCCGCAUUUAGUACAAGUAAUGCCGUAUGAUUUUAAUUUCAGGUUGCUUUUACAUCGGUGAAAUAUUCUCCCCUUUUUUUAUACUUGAUCCUUCCGAGAUUCUGGCCUGCUAUCAACAUUGGGAUGGUACCAGGGGUAUUACAGACACGGUAGAAUUACAUGUAUAUGCGAACAACAUGGGCUUUGGUUCCGCUGAUUGUUUCGUAAACAUUGAGUGAUACCAGAGAAUGGAUAAAAUAAUCUCCAGUUGAUUCAGUGAUGUU